UGUGGAUAGUCGAUACAGGCAGGAUUUACUUUGAAAAUCUUAUCCGGAAGUGUCGUGUUUAGCUGCGCAGACUUGACGCUGUGGUUCAGCCGCUGCUGCUCUGUGUUUACAGCGAUUUACCAGAGAAAUGUCAUGAAACUGUGGAUAUCAUCACUUUAAUUCAUCAUCAUGAAGCUGCGGGUCCGCAUCAACAGGCAGACCUGCAGGGUGGAGUUACCGGGAGAAGAGCCCAGUCUGACGGAGCUCACAGAUCACAUCAGAGGGACUGUCCUGGUUUCUCAUGGACUCAGUGCAGACACAGAGUUCAGUUUGUCUCUGAACGGCUCAGAGCUUCUGUCAGACGCUGGUCAGACUCUGUCGUCCUGCGGCAUCGUCUCUGGAGAUCUGAUCUGUGUCAUCCUGCCUGAGUCUGCAGCCGCCGCCUCAGCUGCCACCGCCUCCACCUCCUCCUCCAACACGUCGACCACCGGCACAGAGAGCCGGAGGCAGCAGCAGCAGACGGCUGACAUGACCUCCAGCCAGUCCGAGCAGACGUCAGACAUCCUGGACUCGGAGCCGUCGGUCCCCAGCUGGGAGCCCAUGCUGUGCAGUGAGGCCGAGGAGGGUCAGGCUCCUCUCUCUCUGGAGCUCCUCUACCACACGGCCCAGACCUCCAGCCCCAGCGACGCCGUUAUGGUGGCCGGGAACCUGCUGAUGCUCGAAACCGGCUUCGUUCCUCAGGGCAGCGAGCUGAGGCCCGGGGAGAUGCCUGAUGGGUGGAGGUCGGCAGGUGGAGUCUACAAGCUUCAGUACACUCACCCUCUGUGUGAAAACAGCCUGGCCAUGGUGGUGGGUGUGUGUAUGGGCCCCGUGCUCGUCAUCAACGCGACUCUGAGGGCGAACCAAACAGUCGACACCGUUCGCAAACUGUGUCUGAAUCCAUCCAGCUACGUGACUGACGAGUGGCCAGGAGAAAGUGCAGCUGCAGCUUUUAAAGAUCUGAGUAAACUGUCGCGAGUCUUCAAAGACCAGCUGGCGUACCCGCUGAUCGCCGCGGCCAGAGAAGCAAUGGCUCUGCCCGUGGCGUUCGGCCUCGCCGCUCUUCCUCCGGAGCUCCUCCUCCGAGUCCUCAGGCUGCUGGACGUUCGCUCGGUGGUGAGACUGUCCUCGGUCUGCAGACACUUCAACGUGGCCACGGCCGACUCGACGCUGUGGAGACACCUGUACCGCCGAGACUUCACAGAUCCAGAUCCCAGCAGGUCCAGAGACACAGACUGGAAAGAGCUUUACAAAAGGUCGUACAAACUCCGCUGUGAACACCGACACAUCGUCCGUCACCGCUCCCUCCCUCCCUUCCCCAGAAACCCUCGGGACAUCUUCAGCUCCGUGCCCCUCCCCCUCCACCCCCCGGUGCCCGGCAUCAUCGGGGGGGACUACGACCAGAGGCCCACCCUCCCCCACGGCCUCCUGCCUCGCCCCCUCUUCGACCCCAUCGGCCCCCCUCAAGAUAUCGGCCGACGACCCCUGAACGACUUCCGCAGACCCCGACCGAUGGGAGGGCGACCCGCAGACGUCCAGCGAGGAUUCAUCUGAGUCCAGAGUCCAGGACCCAUCAGAGCCUCUGAAAUAAAAACCACGAUCUGAACGACAGGAGCGUUUGACUUCACAGUUACUGAGGAAACAAAGUGGUCGUGUUGUGUUCAGGGUCUGUGAGGAACCCGGGACUCUCAGGGCCUCUGAAGCUGCAGAUUUAUUUUGAAGUGAAAGUGAAAUGAAAAGUCUGGUUCCAGUUUAAUCCACAGCUGAUUCUGCUCACAUGCUCCUGGACCCAGGUAACAGAACUUAUUCUGGAAAUGGAUCAAUAAUUUAAUCAUUUGGUCACAGUUACUGACAUAUUCAUAUGUUCAUCACCUUAUUUACACCUGGAUGGUUUGUGAGUCUGAUCUAAUCUUAUUAAUACAUAUUUUAUUUGCUGAUUGUAGUGAGUUUUGCACUGAUCUAUAGAGAAAAGAAAUCAUAGAAAUGAUUAAAAAAUAAAAGCAUUAGUGGGAAAUCUAAAUCAUGAGAUUGUAAUUUUAUGUUUUUCUCGUAUUUUUAUUUAUAAAGUUCUAAAGUUUACUAACAAACUGUUGUUUCACUAAUUAAAUCUAAAGAACCCUCAAAUUCAUCUUAACUGGAGAAGCUGCAAAAUAAGACACGUUAAUGUAUUUAUGUACUUUAAUGAGCAGCAACUUUAACGCGAACUAAAAUUCCAUCUCAUUGAUUAGUUAAAAUAAAUCAGCAGAUAAAAUGUAUUGAUCCUGUGAUCAGUGCCAGAACCUGCAGAUCCACUUAUUCAUUGUUUGUGCUGUUGCGGUGACAAACUCAAUAAAGUUUUCGUUAAAAAAAAA